AUGCAGUUCUCCACUCUCAUCGCCCUUCUGGUCUCCGUUACGGCUGUCCACAGCGCCGCCGUUGCGGACCCCGAUGCCCGCGCCGUCAUCAAGCUCUUGAAGCGCCAGGGUAUCUCACCCGCCGAGUGCGCCGCACAAGGCUUGCCCCACUGCAAUUCCAGGGACGAACCUUGCCCUAAUGGCUGCUUCUGCGCCGGCGGAAACUUGCCCAAUGGAGGCUGCUGUGCUGGAACUUGCUAA